AUGGACGACGAAGCUAUAGAAAAUCAGCUUAAUCUGGACGUAUCCGAGUUCGAAGAUGAUGACGGCGAUGAUGAUAUCGAUGAUGUGGAUUAUCGACCUCAGGGCCAAAAUCGUCGAUCGGACAAUUCAGCAGAAUCGUCUUCUGAUUCUGAAGGUGAGCUUACAGUUUCAAGUCCUGCGAUUUCUAAUUCUUCUGUUACGCGAGGGAGGAGCUUACAGCGUCGAGGUGGCCGUCGUGAUCGAAGAAUUUCUUCGAAUUCUCGAGCAAGUAGUAGAAGAGCAAGUUCAUCUCGUGGGAGAUUGUACCAGCAAGUGGAAGCUGAAGAUAACGAGGAUAUUGGCAAUGACGAUGGACAAUUUGGAGGUUGGAAAGAAAAAGAUUUUAAUCCUGAUAUAAUUCCUUUUAUGCAGCCAUCGUAUUUACCUCUUAAUGACGAAGAAUUCUGUAAAAUUGAUUAUUUUCGUCGAUACGUAAAUGAUGAGCUGAUGCAAAUUAUCGUAGAUAGAUCCAAUGAGAUGUAUCUAUCAAGAAACGGCCAGUUUUUAAAUUUGACACUUCCCGAGUGCUACAUUUUUAUUGCAAUUAAUUUAGCCAUGUCUUGUAUUGGAUAUCCAAUUCUCCGAAUGUACUGGCAACACAAAUUUCGUGUCGCUUUUGUAGCUGAUCAUAUGUCUCGGAACAGAUUUUUCAUUCUUCGGAAUUCUUUAAAACUCGUUAAUGACAACGACUUUUCUGCCGAAGAUAAAAGUAAAGACAAGCUCUGGAAAGUUCGCCCUCUUAUCAAAGAAAUUCUUAAGGGUUGUCAUUCUAUACCAAAGGAUCAAAAACUGUCAAUUGACGAAAUGAUAAUUCCUUUUACGGGCGCCUGUGGGAUGAAGCAAUAUUGCCCAGGUAAACCUAAUCCUACAGGUUUAAAAACUUUUGUCUUGACGAAUCCCACUGGAGAAGUGUGUGAUUUUGAUAUAUAUCAGGGGGCGACUAUAUAUCCUUCUUAUGCUGAUACAUCAUUCGGGUUGGGAGAGAAGGCAGUUCUUGCCUUAACGGAGGAUUUGUUGCCGGGACAUAUAAUUUACUGUGAUACUUUACCACCGAGAUACUGA